AUGGGUGCAUCAGGCUUAGGUUCUGGCUUAGAAAAGUGCAUUAAUCUCUCAAAUUUAACACUUAAUCUUAUUUCCAAUUAAAUUGGUCCAAUGGGUGCAUCAGGCUUAGGUUCUGGUCUAGCAAAGUGCAUUAAUCUCUCAAAUUUAACACUUAAUCUUAUUGAAAAUUAAAUUGGCGAUGAAGGUGCAUCAGGUUUAGGUUCUGGUUUAGCAAAGUGCAUUAAUCUCUCAAAUUUGGCACUUUAUCUUAGUGAAAAUUAAAUUGGCGCAAUGGGUGCAUCAGGCUUAGGUUCUGGUUUAGCAAAAUGCAUUAAUCUCUCAAGUUUGGAACUUGAUUUUCGUUCAAGUUAAAUUGAUGAUGAAUGUGCAUCAGGCUUAGGUUCUGGUUUAGCAAAGUGCAUUAAUCUCUCAAGUUUGACGCUUGAUCUUGAAAGGAAUAAAAUUGGUGAUGAAGGUGCAUCAGACUUAGGUUCUGGUUUAGCAAAGUGCAUUAAUCUUUCAAAUUUGACACUUAAUCUUUUUAGAAAUUAAAUUAAUGAUGAAGGUGCAUUAGGCUUAGGUUCUGGUUUAGCAAAGUGCAUUAAUCUCUCAAGUUUGAAGCUUGAUCUUCGUAUGAAUAAAAUUGAUGAUGAAGGUGCAUCAGGCUUGGGUUCUGGCUUAGCAAAAUGCAUUAAUCUCUCAAGUUUUAGGCUUGAACUUCGUUGGAAUAAAAUUGGUGAUGAAGGUACAUCAGACUUAGGUUCUGGUUUAGCAAAGUGCACUAAUCUGUCAAAUUUGGCACUUGAUCUUCGUAACAAUAUGAUUGGUGUAAUAGGUGGAUCAUGCUUAGGUUUUGGUUUAGCAAAAUGCAUUAACCUCUCAAAGUUGGCACUUGAUCUUCGUCAAAAUUAUAUUGGUGACGAAGGUGCAUCAGGCUUAGGUUCUGGUUUAGCAAAGUGCAUUAAUCUCUCAAAUUUAAAACUUUAACUUGAUGGAAAUUAAAUUGGUGCAAUUGGUGCAUCAGGCUUAGGUUCUGGUUUAGUAAAGUGCAUUAAUCUCUCAAAUUUGACACUUUAUCUUAGUAUCAAUUAAAUUGGUGACGAAGGUGCAUCAGGCUUAGGUUCUGGUUUAGCAAAGUGCAUUAAUCUCUCAAAUUUGACACUUCAUCUUAGUGGAAAUUAAAUUGGUGACGAAGGUGCAUCAGGCUUAGGUUCUGGUUUAGCAAAGUGCAUUAAUCUCUCAAAUUUAACACUUGAUCUUCGUGGAAAUUAAAUUGGUGACGAAGGUGCAUCAGGCUUAGGUUCUAGUUUAGCAAAGUGCAUUAAUCUCUCAAAUUUGACACUUGACCUUGAUGGAAAUUAAAUUGGUGACGAAGGUGCAUCAGGCUUAGGUUCUGGUUUAGCAAAGUGCAUUAAUCUCUCAAAUUUAACACUUGAUCUUCGUGUCAAUUAAAUUGGUGCAAUUGGUGCAUCAGGCUUAGGUUCUGGUUUAGCAAAGUGCAUUAAUCUCUCAAAUUUGACACUUUAACUUCGCUCAUUUGAAAUGAUUUGA